AUGCCCGGGAUGAUGGUGUGGUUCAGCGGGGCAGCACUGCUCCUCCUGUCCGGGCUGAUGGCUCCGCUCGCUAUGGUGCUGGCUUUCGGCGAUGAGGUGGAGGAAAUGACCUGUGACCCGAUCCGGAUCAGCAUGUGCCAGGGUCUGGGUUACAACGUCACCAAGAUGCCCAAUCUGGUCGGCAACGUGCUGCAGUCGGACGCCGAGCUGCAGCUGACCACGUUCACUCCACUGAUACAGUACGGCUGCUCCAGUCAACUCAAGUUCUUCCUGUGCUCAGUCUAUGUGCCGAUGUGCACCGACAAGGUUCCCAUCCCCAUUGGUCCCUGUGGUAGUAUGUGUCUGUCCGUCAAGAGGAAGUGCCUCCCGGUGCUUCACGAGUUUGGCUUCAUAUGGCCUGAGGUGCUGAACUGCAGCCUCUUUCCACCGCAAAACGACCACAACCACAUGUGCAUGGAGGGCCCGGGGGACGAGGAACCUCCCUACCAGCCUUUUCGUAUUCCUCCCCACCCGGAGGAGUGUCAGGCACUGGGAUCUGCACCUGACCAGUAUACCUGGUUAAAACAGUCUGAAAGCUGUGCUCUUCAGUGUGGCUACGACAGCGGGCUGUACCGCCGAGGGGCCAAAGUCUUCACCGACGCCUGGAUGGCGGUGUGGGCCGUGCUGUGCUUCCUGUCGACCACUCUGACGGUCCUGACCUUCCUGUUGGAUUCACAGCGCUUCUCCUACCCUGAAAGGCCCAUCAUCUUCCUGUCUAUGUGCUGUAAUCUGUACAGUGUGGCCUACCUGGUACGCUUGACACUGGGGAGGGAGCGUGUUUCCUGCGACCUCGAUGCCACUGCAGUACCGAUUCUGGUACAAGAAGGGUUAAAGAGCACCGGCUGUGCCAUAGUCUUCCUUCUGCUCUACUUCUUUGGUAUGGCUUCCUCACUUUGGUGGGUAAUCCUGACCCUCACUUGGUUCUUGGCUGCUGGACUGAAGUGGGGCCAUGAGGCUAUUGAAAUGCACAGCUCCUACUUCCACAUAGCAGCCUGGGCCAUCCCCGCCGUUAAAACCAUCGUCAUCCUCAUAAUGCGACUGGUGGAUGCAGACGACCUAACUGGACUCUGUUAUGUUGGCAACCUGCAGCAGGAAGCGCUCACCGGCUUUGUGGUGGCUCCACUGGCCACAUACCUUCUAAUAGGCACUCUGUUCAUCUGUGCUGGCCUGGUGGCUCUUUUCAAGAUCCGCUCCAAUCUGCAAAAGGACGGCGCCAAAACAGACAAGCUGGAGCGUUUAAUGGUGAAGAUCGGAGUGUUUUCUGUUCUCUACACUGUUCCAGCAUCGACCGUCAUUGGCUGUUACCUCUACCAGCUCUCUCACUGGGGGGAGUUCAAGGCCAGCACCCGGGACUCAUACAUGGCAUCAGAGAUGCUUCGAAUCUUUAUGUCACUGCUUGUAGGCAUCACAUCAGGCAUGUGGAUCUGGUCAGCAAAAACUCUCCACACCUGGCAGCGGUGCACGGCCCGCCUCCUCAGAGACAGCAGGGCGAGCCGGGGGGGCAAGAGGGCACCGGGCGAGGGCUGGAUCAAACCGGGGAAAGGCAACGAGACAGUUGUAUGACAGAAAUAGAGGAAGGGACAUAAAUGGACUUCUACAUGCUUCUCUGUCAAUUGCAGAAACUGACUGUCAAUGAAGAGGACAGAGAAAAAAAUAAGAGGGAGUAGCAGGAGCUUCUCAAGGAAAGGCAUUGGAUGUAAAAGGCAUCGGAAAAAAGCUUGCCGAGAGCAUGCCCCUUCCCUUCAAGCUGCCUCUAACCGGUGUUAUGGAGAAGAAAAGUGGAGGAUUGAGUCGUAAAAGUAGCAAGAGUAGCCUCUACCUCUGUUAGACUUGAUUUUCCCAGAGAGAUGAAUAAACCGGAAAAGGAAGGAGAAAGAGAGCAUCACGUCGACCUCUCUGCCUCUCUUUCCUCCCUGAGCAGAAGAGACUGAACCCGCUGGAGACAGUUAGCCUCAUCCAAUGUGUCUUUGGAGGGUCUUUUGAAGUUCUGAAUUUUACACUGGAGGGUCCUGGUGCAGACAUUGCACAGAUGAAAGUUGACGUUUCCUAAAAGCACCUGACAACUUGAGUUCCUGUAGGGCUUUUAGUUCCAUAUGGGAAAAUCAAAUACCAGAACAACCGCAUCUAAAAUAUAACGAGAACUUAUAAAACAUGGCCUUCAACCUGUGAUUUGUUACAUUUUUGUAAAUUAUUACCGUUUCUACAACAUAAAACAGCAGGGGAUUGUAUUGCUCAGAAUUCUUUGGGAAAGCAGCUUUGAGCUGUAUAUGCACUAUAACUUUAUUCAAUAUGUGUCUAUGCGUGUCACAAGUGCAUUACCAGGGACGGCAGUGAUGUAAUAGCAAAUCAUCACCCAGCAUAUUAGCAUGCAGACUUUAACAGUUUGGUCAGGUUUUAUUGUGAAGGCUUCAGAAAAAUAGUGGUUUUAUUCAAAUUCACUUUUCUUGCAAAUAUUUUUAACGGCAAGAGCAAACAGAGAAAAAUAAGAGAUUAUUUUUCCUAACGUGUCUUAGGUUAAAGGUGGGGUAGGUACAUUUGAGAAACCGGCUCGAGAUACAUUUUUGUUAAAUUCCAUGGAAUGCUCUUCACAUCCCGAUAGCAAUGAAUAUCUUAAAUGCUUUGACAAAAAAUACAUAAAAAAACGUCAUCUGUGGAAGCCGUAGUACUGUAAAAAGCACGACCAAUCAUCUGAGCCGGCCCGGCUAAAAUAACUGGAUGGCCUACCUGCCUGUCAGCCUUCCAUCUGUGCACAAACUUAUCUCGUGCCCUCAUUGGUCAUGUGCGCGUUCAUGUGUGUUGGAGGAGGGGCUCUGUAAGGAAGUGGCAGAUUUUUUUUCCGGCUGUGUAUUUUCAAAUUCUAGCGCACUCAAGCUGGUUUCUCCAAAAUGACCUACCCCACCUUUAAGUCUGUUGUAGCUAUAAAUACGUACCGCAAUUAAUACUGGGAGGACCCCAGAUCUGCCUUUAUUUACCCAUUAAUAUGAAAGCCGUAAGGCUUCUGGGAAAUGUAGGCGUGUGUGUUUUACCUCAGUAAUCUACGAAAAUCACAGCUUACUUCCACUAAUAAGCGCUGUCUUUGUUGAAACCCUGUACUGCAUAUGCUCUUGAGUUACCACAAAAAGUGGGAAAUUAAAUGAUUCCCUCUGUCCUUGUUUCCAAACAUUGGACCCUAGACAAGCUGAAGAGUGAGAGGUUAUUAGACAAUCACUUGCCAAAAGAAACAUUAUGCAAUAACAAAGAGCUAUCACUGACACGCAUGUGCACAAAAACAUUUAUGCAGGUGAAUACACAGCAAUCAGUUUCCACAAAUCUCAACCGCCAUGGGCUAUUAUUACUAUCAUAAUGAUAAUACCUCUAUUGAGACAAUAUCUGCCUCAUUUUGUCUCUUUUCUUUCUGUCUGUUUUUUGUCCGUGUCUCUUUGGCCCGCUGCCUGCCUGUCUCUUUAACCUUGUCCAUUGCAUCAUGGCUCAUUUACCAGACAAUCAAGUCAUCCCUGGAAAUAAUGUUCUAAAUGAUAUUUCAAAUCUUCAUGGAUUACAGAGCCAAGACUUCUUGUUCAUUGUCUGUAGUGGUGCAUUUCCAUGAUAAUGGGCAUCUCCCAACAUUUGAACCUUGCAGUUCUUCUCUAUAAUUGCUUACAGUGCCAAUUAAAGUAGUUGUUUCUGGUCUUACUGCUGGACCCACCAAAAAUGUGCAACUGCUCCAGUGCACUGUAUAUUUGCCUGACAAUCUAUCAAGCAAAGCUCUUGCGUUUCAGUGAGUCUUUGAAUGUAUAAUACCGAAUGUGGGCCAUGUGUGACAUUGAUUUCUACAUUUAAGUAGAGACAAGAAAAUGACUGGGCUGUUUGAAUGUAUAAGGGGUAAGAAUAAGUUGGUGUGUCAUUUGAAACCAGUUAGUGCCUCACAAAGUCCUGUCACAGGUAUUUUUAAGUUAAUGUUUAGAUUGGGACGGAAAAUACAGUGUGUAUUUCCAUGGUCCCAAAAUAUGAUUACUGUAACAACACCCUUAUUGCAUUUAAACAUACUUUUGGAAAAUCGUAGAAACCUGAAAUACCAAUGUUACUCAAACCAUGAUACAUGGGCACUCUCUUAUUACAUUUCCAAAGUCAAACAAACCUUACA